AUGAUAGCCAUGAUCUCUCGAGCUCAGCCCUUCGAAGCUCAAAGAUCGGUCUUCACUGCAAAGUGCCGUUUAAUGCGCCAUCUGUCGACACAGACAAACAGUAAUUGGGGUCAGACGACUUCCGACGCCGCCAGAGAUGAGGUUGCUACGCUGGCUGCCAGCCCUCGCCGACCGCUGACACUUGCAGACUUGCUUAAGCAUGGCCACCCUCCUUUGUCUAAAGAUGCGCUUCUGGCCUCGGCGAAUUUCACCCUCUCCCUCCUCCCGGCACGACUAGCAUCACGAAUCCAAGCUCUACGAAACCUCCCCUUUAUCGUUGUUUCUAACCCACACGUGUCGAAGAUCUACCAUAAUUACCUCCAUUCGCUUUCUACCCUCCUACCCUAUCAACAACGCCAAAUAACCACAUUGGAGGAAGAGCGCCAAUUCGGAGACGUGCUAGCCGAUCUCGUACAGACGCAUACAAACACAAUUCCUGUCCUCGCACGUGGAUUUCUCGAGUGUCGGAAAUACGUCAGCCCAGAAGACGUCACAAGUUUUCUGGACACCCAUUUACGUGCGCGUAUCGGCACCCGUUUGAUCGCCGAGCAACAUCUGGCUCUUCAUUUCGCCUCACAGCCAGUCGGCGAGCAACCCGAAAACAGCUCCGAACCACCGAAACCCAAAGAACCAAUCCCCUCAAAUUAUAUUGGUGUGAUCGACACCGCGCUUCAGCCGGCACGUAUCGUUCGGUUAUGCGAGGACUUUGUUGGGGAGAUCUGUGAGCUCAAAUAUGGAGUGCGUCCCCGUCUGGAGAUCGGAGGCGAACCUGAAGCUGCUUUUGCCCAUAUCCCAGUGCAUGUAGAAUACAUCAUUACAGAACUCCUGAAGAACGCGUUUCGGGCGACCAUUGAGUCUGGCAAUGAGCGCGAGGCUAUUGAGGUUACGAUCGCGGCCGCACCAGAUGUUCCCAGCCAUGAGCGCCCAAUGCAGGGAGACGGUGAUACGGGAUACGAACUUGACGAGGCUAUGGGAUAUCCGAACCCGUCAUCACAGAGCAUCACAAUCCGCAUUCGCGAUCGUGGUGGUGGUAUUCCGCCCGAGGUUCUGCCUCAUAUUUGGUCAUACAGCUUCACUACGUUCUCUGAUAUGGAUUUCCGUGGUUCGGAAGAUGGUACCAUGGAUGCUUUGAAUACUAUCGCUGCUAGCGGUGGCCAUCUGAGCAGUAUUGCAGGCCUUGGGUAUGGAUUGCCUUUGAGUCGUGCAUAUGCCGAGUAUUUUGGUGGAAGCAUCGCAGUUCAGAGUCUCUGGGGAUGGGGUACCGAUGUUUACCUGACAUUGCAAGGUGUUGGAAAAAUCGAUUGA